GGGCACUCUGGUGUGUAUGGUAGCAUCAGUUUUCAUUCAGAUCACAAUCAUCGUCACCAGGAAUCGGACGAAAAAAUUUGUAUACAACAGCGCGUAGUUAUAAGAGGUGUUCAGGUGCCUAAUUUAGAGAAGGAGAUGUGAGCUAUAUUUUGACGAAGCCAAGGAAAAACCUUCGCCUAGCCAAGAAUAGUUGAUAUUUAGUGUUGGCCGCCAGCUAUCGAAAUGCUAGAGCUGACAGUUUUGUGUCAAAAGUAAAGAAAAAUGCGCAGAUUAUUAGCUAGAAGUCUUGGCCAUUCCUUCACUUCAUCAGCCCAUGAUUUGUACACACAGUAGUGCUUUUGCCAGCAAAAUAUCGAUUUAUGUUCGGUGGGGAAAAUUUCCUACGGUCGGCAGGCAGGCUGGCAGGAGCGAUGCUACGCGUAGUAGUGCCUGCUUGCUACUCGCCAGAGGGGCGCUCCGCUCAGUACAGUGGUUACUGGUUCUCUAGUGUGUAGAGAGAUUAUUUUCAUUUUUUCUGGAUGCGAAAUAUUAAGGAAAAUUGGAUGUUUGCUGAAAAGUUCAGUACAAGUGGUCGUUGCUAGAUUUGAGAAGGAAUAGUGCAGUACUGGUGCCAACGAAUUGGGUCAUGGCACGGGCGUUGACUUAUAAUUUGCACAUAAAUAUUUUAAAGUCUUCGAUUGCGACGGGAUUGUGUUUUGGAGACAGAAAAAAAGUGUGUGAGUGUGUGAAUUGAGGAGAAGAAAAUUCGAUACGCUUGCCGCAGCAAAGGCUUGCAUGUGUCCACCAGCAUUUGGCAGUAAUAAAUGACUCGGGAAUUCAUGUCAAGAGUGUUCGCCGCCGUUUCAUUUGCAUUCCAGUGCUCUGACGCAAGUAUUUUUUUUUCAGGAAAGGAUGUGAUGGAAUUUCAAUUAGACAUUUCUGCCAUUUUCAUGCACGGUCGUCAAUUGAAAGCGCUUCGUUUUAGCAUUGUAAUGAUUAGAUACUAGUGUAGAAAUAAUUUAUAAAAAGUGUCGCAAACGCAAAAGCCACACAAUGUUUAGCUGUCUUUGGCAAUUGUGGGAUUGGAUUGAUCCACCCACGUUCACUACCAUGGAGAGCAAAAAGCUUCAACAGCUACAGCAGGCCAACUCACAUCUUGCACCGAUUCCACAAACGAAACCUCCAGCAUUUCAGCAACAAAACAACGACUAUCGGCCUACAAGGUCACCAGUAUUCCAAAAUCAUCCGCAGUAUCAGAGCUUUGCAUCGAACUUUGCACAGAUCAACUACCCACACCAAAUACGACCCCAACAACAGCAGCAGCAGCAACAAAAACAGCAACAACAGCAGCAACAGCAGCAACAACAUCAACAACAACAACAACAGCAACAUCUCAGCGCACACAGUAGUCCCAAAUCGAAUAGCAACAGCCUCUAUCUUAGCGAAUACUCCAGCUCGAGUCAUGUCGGACAGCAACAGCAGCAGCACCAUCACACGAUCGGAAGUCAUUACCAUUUCGAUCAAAUCUAUCAAACUAGUUCCCCUUCUAGUGGCAGUGGCGAGCGGGAACGCUUGUAUCAAACGGCUCCAAGGCCAACACAACAUACUCAUGCGAAUCAACCGCAGCAGCAACCUCUCACCAAACUCGAACUGCAGUUCCAACAACUGCAGCGGGAAAAAAUUCAAGCACAAAUUAAAACCGCUACCGAAGCUCUCGCUCAUCAACAGCAAACGUUCGCUCUACGACAACAGUUGAACCCUCCGGUUCCUAACUACCAUCUGAAACAGAAUCUUCUUCAGAAUCUCUCCCAACAACAUCAGCAACAAAUCCAGCAACAGAAUCACCAAAAUCGGAAUGCACCUCCUUCUAGCCUGAAUCUCACGAGUCACUUUCAGCCGGCCCAAGGUCCGAUGAAACUCGCUAAUCCGAAUAUUCACGACUAUGGUGCUACUGCUGCCACAAAUCAUCACGUAAUCAAUGAAGCCUUCUAUCAGGCUACCCAACAGAAGCACAUGCAUCCUAAAACUCCAAACAAUCUUCAAUCGCCGGCUCCCAACCAGAUCAUCAUUCAGCAAAACAUUCCUGGACAGGUGGUAAACCAGGCUUGCCAGACACAAAUCAGCGGUGUAAAAAAUCAAUCUCAAACCCAGAAGUCUCCCAACUCAGAUUCCCUAUCUUCGCCUUCACACGACGGUUUAGAACGACGGAAAAGUGGACCCGUGCAUACGUUGAAAUCACCCGUCACCAAACGACCUCCAAAUGCACUGGUCACCAUGUCCGGUUGGCUGUACAAACAGGGCUCCGAUGGUCUGAAGGUCUGGCGGAGGCGUUGGUUCGUGCUUGCCGAGUACAUUCUGUACUACUACAAGAGUCAGGAAGAGGAAAAACUUUUGGGAACGGUCCUACUGCCGUCGUAUAAAAUAUCAGCGUGCUUCCCGGAGGACAAGGUAUAUCGGAAGUUCGCGUUCAAGUGUGAACACACCAAUAUGCGAACAUUUAUUUUUGCUGCCGAAACGGCCGAACUAAUGACGUCCUGGGUCCGUAUGUUAACUCUAGCUACCAUGAUGCAAGGCAGCAGCGAGUCAGAAACUAGUCCUCCAUCGAACAAUGCUCGUAGUGGAGAUAAUAGCGACUCCGGAAUACAAACCUAUCAAUCGCAGGUGUGUAAAACGGGUGGAAUGCAAGCUCCGGUAACUCCGGUGUCCGACAACGGCGGUGGUUCUCAACCACUGUAUGCGAAUGCUCCACCAAAGCCAAGACGAGCAACCGAUGGAGGAUAUUCGUCACCUAGUCCGGAACAUUUACCAGAUCGAUACGACCACGAUCCGCAGCAGCAGCAGCUACGACCGAACGAUCCAAUCUACGGAGUCAAGACCCCAGACGUAAUGAACAAUCCCAACCUCGUACAAACACAAUCACCUCUCAUCAAGCGAGGAUUUAACGAUCAGUUAGCGUACGAUCCGAAUGCAUAUCCACCACCAAAUGCACCACAACCAAGCCAUAACUACAACGAUGCCGUGUACGGAAACGCAAAGCGUAUCGAACGAGACUUGUAUAUCCAGAAGCUGAUCCAACAACAACAACAGCAACAGCAACAACUCCAGCAACUGCAGCAACAACAACAACAGCAGCAACAAAAGCAGCAAUUGGCAGUGCAACAAACUCCGCAGCAACAGCGUGCUUUCACCAAUCCAUUCAUGUACCCGAAUGCCGAUCGAAGGACGCCGGAUACUUACGGUCCACCUCGUGCCGCCUUGGAGAAGCACAUGUCCGAUUACGAGGAUAUCUACAAUCUAACCAUGCUCUCUAAGGCACUUCCGCCCAACAUAGGUGACGAAGCAACAUCAGCAGCAGCAGCAGCAGCGACGUCUGCAGCUUAUCGUCGUCCGAUGAGCCCACUGCGGUACGAAUCAAACAGUCAAAACCCAGCGAUGCCUCUGAGAUACACUCCCAACUACCUGGAGAACUCACCCGCACAGCAACAGCACAUACAAAUGCGAGCUCGACCUGUUCAAUCGACCAUACCGAGACCGCACUCGGCCGAUUUUCUAGACUAUGAAGCCCGCAAUCCAAUCAAAACCCAACAGAAAGACGAACCGGCUAGGGCACCGCGACCCAAAUCUAGUCUGGAUAUCAACCGCACACCCGAUAAUUACUACUAUUCCGAGGCAAGCUAUGCGGAGAAAAUGCGCAUGCAAAGUGCAUCCUAUCUGCAACGGGCGGCCAAUCUGCCAGGUGGACUGUCUGGAAAAGUACGAGGCGAUGAGACGCAAGGAGUCAUCAAUUCUAGUACAGUACCACGAGACGGUUACUAUGCCGGUCGGAUUGACUAUGGAGACGAACUACCACAUGGGUCAGCUAGUGUUCCUCGAACGCAGAGAAUGACCAUGAACAAUCUAAAGAAAUACCCUUCGCAGCAGGAACAAUUCCUCCGGUCGGCAAGUGCACGUCUACCUCGUAAAGAAGAGGACCCAUCCGCACGGGAUGGUGAACGGAAACGGGAAGAAUCGAUGAAACGUCUACUGGAGUGGAAGCAACGUAUGCUUCAGUCUCCUUUGACGCGCAAGAUUUCCCAACAACAGCACCAGCAACAUCAGCUAGCCCUUGGCUCACCGGGUUCGACCGGGGGAAAUCCAUUCCUAGCCAAGUCACCGGGACACAUGGGAAUGGAGGCAGAUAUGUACCUAGAACAAGAAAAGCUCCUUUUACAACAACAACAACAACAACAACAGCAGCAGCAGCAACAACAGUUACAACAGCAACACCAACGGAUGGAUAGCAAAACUAACCUCGAGUACAAUAGCUAUUCAUCCGAUGAUGAAGCUUCCAUUUCAGUUCGCAACGUGAAAAACAUUCCAAAGGUGCCACUGACGGUGAAACCGGAUCCCUCGGACUACCGACUGGAUCCACAAUUUCGGGGAUAUUACGACCCAGCGCAGACCGAGUACUACUACCAGCAAGAGCAGGAGAGCUACAUCCGACCUGAUAUCAGCUUUGAAUCUACCCACGAUCUGUACACGCAAGCCCAGUUGCAACGGGCCCAGGAGAUCAAUCUUCAACAGCACUAUCAACUUCAGGACAUCGAUCGUAGCCUGGCCGCACUCAGUAACCAGGAAUCACCAGAGGAGAAAUGGCCUAUGGCCAACAAACAUAUCUUUACCUCUCGUGAACAACUGACUCCAAGUCAUGACAAGUCCGAAUUAAGAACCUUGGAAAUGUCCGCCGGGGAUUUACUGAAUCGUACUCACGAAGAACUAGUCUUGCUGUUGAUACAGUUGCGACGUCAGAACAGCAAUACAGCACGCUCAAUCGAGCAGUGUUGCACAAACAUUCACGAUAAUCAGAAUUCGAUACGUACAUCUGACGGACCAACGCGAGCAGAGAAUCUGGCCCGACUGGAGGCGCUGAAGAAACAGUUGGCGGAGCUGGAGAAGCAGUACGAGAAGGAAAAACCACUGAUCAACUUGGUAGACAAUAUGGUAAAGCUGGGAACGUUGUAUCGUGGUGUUCCGGGUAAGCAGAAGACCCACACCUCGGAGUCGGCUACGCUCGAUCGGUUAGAGUUCAACCAACGGAUUCAGGAACGACGUCUGCUCCAGGAAGAACAACGGCAGUGGGAUCGUCUCAGUCCUAACCAUUCGGAAUUGCAGUCCAAGGUGCAACAGCUCUAUCAGAUCGAUCAACUGCUGCAGGAAGAAUCCGGUACCCUGCAAAGUUUACAACGUGACAAGGAAGAUCUGGAACGGGCUUUGUGUGGAUUGAAAGCCAAGAUAAUGAAGGGUGAUGCACCGCCAAUGGCCGUGGAAGCUGCCAGACAACAACAGCAUACACUGGAACGUGAACUUUCGCGGGUGCAUCUUCUGCUGGCAGAAAACUCAAAGAAAUUGGAGAAAACCGUUGCUGACAAUGCUCGCUUGGAACAGGAGCUACUCGUACUACGACAGAAGUUGCAAGCCUCACGUGAUACGCAGGGACCCCAAGGACAUGUUACACCGGGCCAAGAGGGUCAGUACGUAGGAACGGCAAGUGCCGUACUGGAGUCAGAGUUGCGACGAGUGCAGCUACUAGUUGGCGAUAUGCAACGCCAACGUCAGGAACUCAGUCAAGCCGUACGACAGCUGACCGAUAAUUCGGAUACGCUGUACAAGCAGAUUAACAACAAAAAUGGUGAGAAUCGAUCUCAUAUCAAGAAACGAUCGCACAGUACAUCGUGGGUAGAGACCGAUCUUGAUUCGAUGGUUAGCAGGGACCAUGGGGGUAGAAGUGAAAGUAACUCAUCGUUGAACAUGCUCGAUAGGUCUUCGUCGUCGUUGCUCGGAAGGAUUGAAAACGAUCGGUCGGAAGGUUUCGAGUCAUGCAGUGUGGAUAGCGAUGAGCUGUUGGAAGAUUCCAGUGGAAAUCCUUUCGCUUAUCAUGACAAGCAGGAAAUUAAAACCGUUCGGAUAGUGAAGCGAGAAUCUGAGCGACGACAUCGAGAUCGAGAGAAAGAUCGUAGCAAUACUUCGACGCACAGCCUCGACCAGGUACUGGAAGAGGAAGCUCAGAUCUUUGAAGAUUACACAAACUAUCACCGAUCGAAGUCGUUACCCCGGGGCUACGAAACGCACGAAGCGUUCGUGCAAAAUCAAGAUGUACAAUCGUAUGCGAGCAACCUGAAGGAUUACUACAGCAUGACUGCGAAUGGUAACAAUAGUUAUCCGGUUUCGAUGAUAGAUCGUAAGGCAGAUUUGUACUCCGGUUGUGAUCGUCAAACGAUUUCGGCUUCGGCGAAUAAAGCAACCAAUUUUGCACUGGUGAACCCAGAACUACCUGGACUGCGUAACAAAACGGAGUCGAUACAGAGCCUAACGAAUUCUGAGCAAAGUCCCGUAUUCCAAAGCGAAGCCGCAAAGCAGAUAAUUCACGAAAUGGGUGGCAAUGGCACGGAAUCAAAGAGUCAGCAAAAGGCGGCAAACGGUGCCGGUAAUGGUCACAGUUCGUUAGUCGUAGAACGACAGAAGGAUAAGGCGGAACAUAUGGCUCAGCAGAACAAACACCGCCGAUCGGUUCCAAAGGAGAAACGUCGUCAUCACACAGCGCCACAUCACGUUACCGCUAAGCAGCUGGAGAUUUUGCAAAGUGAGAACGAUAUGAAUAAGAAUAACAUCAACUGGAGAGCUCGAGAUGAUGUUGAUUUGGAGGUUACCAUAAGGCCACGGUCGAACGCUCCGGAUGUUGUACGAUCGGCAAUCGGGCCUCGAGAAAAGAUUUCCGAACACACUAUUGAUAAGCUACUGGCAGCCCCGAGCAAGAUUCUGAUACCUGAGCGCUACGUCCCGGAGCAGGCACCAGAACUGUCCCCGGAGGAGAAACGGCGGCGGCAGGAGAAAGUGGAAGCCAUUAAAAAGAUGCUUUCCGAGACGCCAAUCGCUGGAAAUGACACCUCUCCGAACCAGCCAGCCAAUGCGGAGAAGCGACAACGGGAGCACCUGCUGCAGUUGAAUCAGAUUCUGGCGCAGCAGGUCAUGCAGAUGAGCAAAAUUGUGGCAGAAAACUCCACGGCUGUGCUGCCAUCGAGCAUUUGCAAGCUAAAGAAGGCACGUUUGUUGAGAACUGGCAGUAAUGGAAGCAGUCGCAAAAGUAGCCACGACAACGAGGAGGACGAGGACGAAAACUAUCGCAGCGAAAUGGAGGAUUCGGACAAUACGGAAUCACCGCCCGAGCCGUUGCCUCUGUAUCAGCAGCGUGAAAACUAUUUCACAUAAAUGAAAAAAAAAAUAAAGGAUUUCAACGCUAAAAUUGCUUCCAGAUGUACAAGUUAUCAUCCAAUACAGAUUUAUAAUCGUUGUUGAUAUGUUUGCUAGAAAGAUGUUCGAUAACAGACAACCAAAAAAUGAGCAAAAUGUGGAACAAUUGAAUUGAUUUAUCCGUCCAUCAUCGGUUGGCAACACUGCUUACAGAGACAGACAAAGUACUCGGCUUCAGAACAAAAAACGGAACACUCACACACACACGCAUACAUAACACUACAGCAUACUCACGCAUAUCAGUCGAAACCAAGAGAACAAAAGAUAAAUAGAACCGUAUUUAGUUGCAUCGCAAUAGAAUCAACAAUUGAUAACAUGCUAAUUUACAACUACAUGCGAUUUUAAUUUAUAUAGUUCAACGCAGCGUCUAAUAAUAUCUCUAACUUUAGCCCUACCGAAGAGAAUGCACAUUUGUAAAAAGAAAACUACGUUUUUAGCUAAAUCAAGCGAAGCGGAUAUUGAGGGAAUAAAAUAACGUUUUAAAACAAAAAAAUCAAUCGGUUGCAAAAGACAGUGCAGUGACGUGCAACAAAUUCAAUAAUGGAACGUCAAUUACGGUACUUACACACGUAAACAUUAAACGAAGAGAACAAAUAAUCACAUACACAGACACAAAUACCAACAUGUUUUAAUGGAAUUACGUACUACUAUAACUUACAAACGCAUGUUAUUGACCUUAUAGAAUAGGUCCACCAUGGAAAGAGGAACGGAACAAGAACCAUAACAAUAUUAUAAUCAAUCAUUACGAAUAAUGGAGUUUACCACUAUUGCACGGGCGCUUGCAGCGAGGUACGUGUGGUUGUUUAGUUGAAAAAUUAUCGAAUGAGAUCCUAAGUUUCUGUUGGUAUUGAAUUUUGUUUCCAGCUGACAUUCGAUAGCAUUCAAAGCAGCAUUAAUCUAUGAUUACAGACAAACACACGGACCUUGAAAGAUAAAUUCCUAUGCAAAACCGUGUUGAAAAUUAUAUUUGUCAAUUUUAAGCAAUUUGAAAACGAAAACAAAGAAUACACCUUGCUCAAUUCGAAAAGUACUAAAACAAAAUUGAAUAAACGUACCGCAAACAUGACAAAAUAUACACAUAAACCAAAAUAGCAAACUUAGACUAAACCUAAUCGCAUUUAUUCUAAACAAUUAUGGACCCCAAACCUGACCCAAUAUCAUCAUUGCAUUCGUAGCAGUAUUAAGUUGUUAGUUGUGGAAGCAUCAAUCAACCCCUAGUAGCACCCAACAAUCAAUGUGAAGAAAUCGUAUCGCUCGCAGUUGCAGAGCUUAUCGCUGGAUGGAAAGAAGAAGAAAAACUAUAUUAAGCUAAAACAACCAAAACAGGGCCUAACUUGGUAGCACCUGAGCGGAAGCGUACGAGGGCAACGAUCCUUAUAAGUGAAAAAAAAUAAAUACCAAGAACAAUAUGAAGUUGCAUUUACAGGGUUCUUUUACACAAACAAGACUUUUGAUAGCUAAAUUACGAUAAAUUAGAAGCCUCGGGUUUCUCUCAGUACUGUCGCAUAGCAUGAUAACAAACACACAUCAAGUACCAUUGCAAAACCUAACCUAACCUUAAUUGGCAGAAGUUGCUAAAUCGGCUUAUCGUGCGACACACACGCAUACAAACACAAAGACAUAUGCCCCCAUACUCGUGAAAGAAGGAUCGAAAUCUAUGCAUAUCACAUACCCAAAAAACAAUUCUCAGCGUGUCGUUGAAUUAUGUUUACUAAAUUUUGUUCAAUUCUGCACGGAAGUAGCAGGUUAUUUACCCAUAUAAUUUUAUUUGCGCCUAUUUUUUUUUUGUUUGUUAUUGAACCCCAUUGGCCAUACGCGAAAACACGAAACACAAUAAAAGAAAACUAUUGCCUCGUUUUAAGAUAAUCACAAACUUAUAUGGUUCGUUCGAAAUAAUUUCAUAUAAAAUUUAAUUUUGUUUUGCUUUGAGUGAGUUGAAAAUGCGCGAGAUCGAUAGGAAUAUGCGCGGUGAUCACGUUGAUCGUGAUCGCGUGAUCUUUCCUCGGGAUUCCCCCCCUCCCGUCUCCGCGCGAACCUGUACAUUACAAGAACAACAAUUUGCCAUACCUACCAAUACGGAGCGUUGGAUAAGAGGAGAUAGGGAACGUGAAGAUUAUUUUAUUUCGUUUAAGGUGCUAUAAUUUGGAUCAUUGUAUUUUUUUUGUCGUUUUUAAAAGAUUAUCGGUUUAAUGAUAGACAUUAGCGAAUCAAUGUAGCAUAAGUGCAUCAGCAAGGAGAAAAUCAUUCCGAACGUCGUUACGCGGAGUUUACCGUUGAAUAAUGUUUAUAUGCAUACAAGAGCAAAGUAUAAAGUUAGUAUUACGCAAGCAACGCUGUUAAACGGAAGUAAUCGCUAAGCUACCAGAAGAAGGGAAGACACAAAUCUAAAAGCUAACAGGGCAACAGAGCAUAGACCUCGUUUUAGUUUAAUUUAUAUGCAACCAAAUAAGCUAUAAGUUACAGAUCAGCGCUCACCUUCUUCAUAUUCUCAGCUAAAGCAUGAAAUAUGGGAAAUAAAAACAAAAUCAUCAAACAUACAAUACCUUUUGAAUUAGAAACACAUAGUUACUACCCGUUUCAAGAAACAAAACAAAAACUAUACAUGCAGUACGGCGAGCAUAAGAACAGAAGGAAACCUACACCAGUGAUGCAGUUUUAAUCCCGCGUUCAUUGAUAUAUAGUGGAAAGCGUUUUAGAUAAUGACCACACGAAACCUAUAAACAAAUAAAUUACAUACUACUUCAGUGAUCGUUA